AUGGGCAAAUCUGAAUCGUCCUCAAAGAAAAUUAAACGCUCUAAAGAUUCGUCUAAGCUGCGAUCUGUGAAGAAGAAGAAGACGAAGAGAAGCAAACCGAAGAAGAUUCGUCGGAUCAAAGACUAUUCAGAUGAGAGUGAAUCAAGCGGUUCGGAUUCUUCUUUGUAUUCUUCGUCUAGUUCAGAAGAUGAUUACAGGAGAGAGAAGCGUCGGUCUAAAGUGAGCAAGAAGAAGAGGUCACGGAAGAGGUAUUUUAGCAGCGAGAGUGAAGAUGAUGAUGACGAUGAUAUUCGUCUUUUGAAGAAAAAGAAAAGGUCUAAGAGUAAGGAGGAACAUGCAGGGACGAAGAAGAAGAAUAAGAAGAGAACUGUCUCGAGAAAGAGACGUAAGAGAGAUUCGAGUUCAAGUUACAGUAGCAGUGAUAGCCAGAGCGAUGACGGUAGUGAGAGUGAUGGAAAGAGAAGGAUUAGGAACAGAGGAAGAAGAAGCAAAGAUGAGUUACAGGAAUUAAGUGAACCUGAUGAAUGCUGGCAAGUGGACGAUGAAGUUAUGGGCGAGAAGAAGAAUCCUCGAAGGCUUAAAUCGAUUGUUGUUGUAUCAUAUUCUUAUGAUAAUGAUGAUGAGAGAAAGAAGGAUCUAGUGGAUGACCAUGGUGAUGAAUCUGAUGGGGAUAGGAUUGUGGAUGAUGAUGAGAGAUAUGUUGAAAAUGGACGUAAAACUGUUGGCUAUGAUGAAUCUGAGGAAGAUAUUGGAUCAGAAACCAGCAAAGAUUCUUAUCCAGACAAUAGACUGAAGGAUGAUGACUUAGAAGCCAUUCUAAAGCAGAGAGCAUUAGAGAAUUUAAAAAGAUUUCGUGGAGAGACCCAAAAGAAUGAAAUAUCAAGAGAAGAGGUCUCUUCUUCUGUUUCAGAAGGAGAAGAAACUCUGCAAAUUGAAUCUGAAAAAGCUGAAGAGCCACAAGACGAUGGUCUCGUGGAGCAGAGUCUCUCUGUUUCCGCGGGGAGCAAAGAUCUUGAGGCUUCACAAAAGAUAUUACAAGUUGUUAACGUCAAAGAAUCUGGAAUGGGGUUGGCUGAUCUUGCGUCUCAGCAGGAUCAGCAGCCUGGUGAUAGUGCCAAGGUUAAAGCUAGUUCGGGUCUUAGCUCUUGUACAACUAAACGAAAGCUGAUUAGACCGGUGCUGGGACAAAAAGAUUUAGUUCUGGCUAGCAGGAAAGAUGCUGAAGCAGAGAGCAUCAGUGGUAAUACCAUUGACAAGAGUUGUCCAGAAACUUCACUGGCUCUGGCAACAAAGAAUGUAGUUGAAAACUUAGAACCAACAAAAGGUAGCUCUACGUCUUCUUCUCAUGCCGAGACUGAGCCAUUAGAUGAAAUCGAAAGAGGGUCUCAGCCUGAAGAGAAAACAAUUGAUGAAACAAAGGAUGAGUCACAAUACGAAAAGAAAACCAUGACUGUGAUGAGGGGUGGAGAAAUGGUUCAGGUGAGUUACAAGGUCUACAUUCCUAAGAAGACCUCUUCUUUGGGAAGAAGACAACUCAGGAGAUGA